UGUUUUUCUAAGUAUGCAUUUGUUGGGCCUUCAAAGUGGUAUGCAUGGAUAGAUCACAUUUUAUAUUAGUGCAUCCAAGCAUUGAUGUUGAUUCUGUUUUAGUCAAUUUGUUGAUAGCUAUGGGCAUAUUAGUAACCGCAUCCCACGAGAAGCUUCUAAUCUUGCAUAUAUUCCGCUGCAAUCUAUAUUUCACUCUCAAACUUAGAGAGUUGAACAAUCAUGACGUUAAUUGGAAAUAUUUGCAUCUAAUAGUUGUGAUGUUUGUUGUUUCUGGACAUGAUCUACUAUAUACUUCAGGACAGGAAAUAUGUGGUAAUGAAAAGCCGUGUGAUGUACCCAGAAUUUCGUGGUCGAAUGGUCUCAGCAUCCUCUCGAACUAUUUUACGGAGGUCACAGAUUACAGCUUUACUGCUGAUAUGGAGACUGAGCUUGAUAAUGUUUCUGCUGGACUUACUGAAUGGAAAGGUCUUCUCAGAGAUUAUUGGACAAGAUUUAGCUCAUACUGCAGCCAUACUGAAAAUGUCCACAUUCAUCAGGUGGAGAAAAUGUUAGAAAAAAAGUUUGGUGACCAUUUGUUUGGCUCACUCCGUUUCGAGAGUAGGACAUGCCCCAGUUGUAUGGAGGGCACUUUGAUUUUCAAAGUGAGUAGGUAUGGUGCAGGUUACUUCAUCGGCUGUGAUCAACAUCCAAAGUGCAAGUACAUUGCCAAGACAUUGCUUGGAGACGAAGAAGAUGAAGAACCUCCCCAAAAUGUUGGUAACGUGGAGGAGCCAAAAGUAUUAGGUCUUCAUCCAAUUUCCAAGGAAAAGAUUUUGUUGAAGAAAGGUCCUUAUGGAUUCUACAUUCAGCUUGGGGAAGAUAAGAAGGACUAUAUCCCUAAACGAACAUCCUUAUCCCAUAUAAAGGAGGUGGAUGCCAUUACACUGGAAGAGGCUCUAAAGUUAUUGCGCUACCCAUUGACAUUGGGAGACCACCCAAAGGACGGGCAUCCCAUAAUAUUAAAGCUUGCAAAGAAUGGGUUUAAUAUUAGACAUCGACGCACAAUUGCUUCCCUCCCCAAGAACGUAGACCCAGACGAUGUAACUGUGGAGAAAGCAUUGGAGUAUUUGUCAAGUAACGAUGUGAGAAGAAGCGGACGACCCAAGAGGCAACCCAAGGUUGAAGAAGCAGCAGCAGUGGAAGCAACGUAGACGAAUAAGCAGAAGUGCAAACUGCUUUUCACUGAAAUGACCCCAAGGAAAAUGCAAGUUCAGCUGCACAACCCCAGGAACUCGACGAAGGACAAGGGUCGGGCUGUGCAGGUAGUUUUCACUCCCGGACACCAUUUUUUCCAGAGCUGGAGGGGAUUCUUUUGUGGGAUGAAUGAAUGAAUGAGAGUAGAUCAAUUUUGGUUAGACAAAGUUGGAUUAGGUUCUUCUCAUAAGCUGUUUCUUGACCUAAACUUCGGAUAGUUUAUUUUUGUAGUAAUUUUUAUUUUCCCCAAUAAGUUUUCCUGGUAGGA